AUGGUGUCACUCAGCGUACUUUCGCUUGAAUGCGUGGUCCUGGCCGCGGUAGCCAGGGCGGCUACUGUGACCUACAAUUGGAACGUGACGUGGGUAUGGGCCAGCCCGGAUGGCUUCUCAAGGCCCGUCAUUGGCAUCAACGACAAAUGGCCAUGUCCAUCAAUAGAUGCCACAGCGGGUGACACGGUAGUGGUCAACCUACAGAACAAGCUCGUGAACCAGACGACGGGGCUGCACUUCCACGGCAUUAACCAACUGCAGACAGCCGACAUGGACGGGCCGAGUGGUGUAACCCAGUGCUCUGUACCGCCGGACUCGACGGUCAAGUACCAGUUUACUGUGGACACCCCGGGAACGUACUGGUAUCACUCUCACAAUAUGGGACAAUAUCCCGACGGGCUGCGAGGUCCGCUGAUUGUGCAAGACCCAAACGACCCGUAUAAGGGGAAGUACGAUGAGGAACAUAUCUUGUCGAUGUCGGAUUGUCUCACCUCUGUCCGGAACAUGCUCACGCCCUCCAACACUCAGUUCAAACCUCCGAUCCCCGAUAACCUCACCGUCAAUGAGGGGCAGGGGUUGAAGAUCGACUUUGCUAAGGGCAAGACGUACCGUAUUCGGAUGAUUAACUAUGCCGCCUUCGCUGCGGCCAUGGUUCACUUUGACUUUCACACCAUGAACGUGAUUAUGAACGAUGGGGCGUACAUCAAGAAAGAGGACGCCUACCAUGUUCGGCUUGCCCCCGCUCAACGGUAUGAUGUCCUCAUCUCGGCCUCUGACAACGACACCGGCAAUUACCCGUUUCUCGUCGCACUUGACCUCAACCGGGACUGGACCAAUCACACUGAACCGAUGAUCUGGCCACACAAUUAUACAGGUCACCUCGUCAUGGACUCCUCGAAACCUCUCGGGAAGGCCGAGGUCGUCAAGCAAUGGAACCCCGUCGACGACGCUGACUUCAAGCCCAACGAUGACCUGGCUGCAUACGGCUCCUAUGACAAGCUGAUGAAGCUCGAUUUCAAGUUUUGCAUGGAUCAAAACGGCUACCCACGAUCCUGCUUCAACAACUUGACGUACAUCAACCAACAAGUACCCACUCUCUACAGCGCUGCCACCACGGGCGACUCCAACACCAACCCAGUCGUCUACGGCCAGGUCAACCCGUUCAUCGUCGACUACGACAACACCGUCCAAAUCGUAGUCAACAACAUCGACAACGCCUCCCACCCUUUCCACCUCCACGGCCACCACUUCCAAGUCCUCUAUCGCGCGCCCAGUAGCGCAGGCCUCUGGCCGGGCCGCGACGAGAACUACACCGCCGUGCCGCCGAUGCGCGACACCGUCGCCGUCAUGCCGCACUCGUACGCCGUCCUGCGCUUCCGCGCCAACAACCCGGGCGUCUGGCUGUUCCACUGCCACAUCGAGUGGCACGUCGAAAUGGGCCUGACGGCGACGGUGAUCGAGGCACCGGACCGGCUACGGAACCUGACGUUUCCUGAUGAUCAUAUCGAUGCUUGUAAGAAGACGGGCACGCCGUAUCAGGGGAAUGCGGCGGGUAAUACUCAGAAUGUGACCGAUACCACCGGGUAUGUGACCGUCCCGCCGACUACGUACAAUGGGUAUGUUCUUUCCUCUAUCCCAGUCCAGAUGGUUAUACCCCCUUGCCCCCCAACCCCGACCCUCGCGGCCUUUUCUUCUCUUGGGUGA